AUGCUUAAAGCUGAAUCUGAUCCUGGAGUCCUGACAGGGGGCUUGAGGAUGGCGGAACUCCUAUGGAAGUUCAUAUGGAGCCGCCGCCUCCAGGUCCUCCGCCUGACGCGCCAGGAACCGGCGCAUCCGAUUCCCGCAAGUGCGGCACCAAAACUGCGUUUCCCUGUUUACCCAAACAAGAUUCCGGAGGCCGCUGUGCCUCUUCCGGGUCAGCCGUUGCCGGAGAAAAAGGGAGAUCCGCAGGUUUCCGCUCCGUUUCCAGACGAGGAUGAGACAGAUCCGACCGCGUCUUCUUCACAGCCUAGCGGACCGCCGGGACUUCCCGUGGCGGAAGGAGAGUUUCCGAUUCAGCAAACUCCCGUCGCGCCUCCGGCUACGGACGCGCCAGUGCCGGACUCAGACUCAGACGAUAGCCAGGCGACGCGAGAUUACGGUGAGUCGUCUCUUGCUUCCUUGGUCGAGGGGGAGGAAGAUGUUCUUCUGGUCCUUCCUCACGAUUUGAGUCCGCCGCAGUGGGCUGUUUUUGAUGGUGAUGCGUUUGCGUCGUGGCUUACUAAGCAGGAUAAAAUUAAGGCUGGUACGAUCACACAGGACAUGCAGCGUAAGUACGCCAAGGAAAUCCGAGCCACGAAAUUGGACGAGUUCAAGAGCUACUUGGAUAAUGAUGCCCUUCGAUUUGUCGAUCGCAGGAAGUUAGCCAAGGAUGUGAAUUUUCUCACAGGUCGUUGGGUUCUUACUGUGAAAGUCGACAAAAAUGGGUUCUUUUCUAAGUUUAAGGCUCGUUGGGUCUGUCGUGGUUUUCAGGACAAGAAUGCCUGGGAUCAGCAGACGGAUAGUCCAACUGCUACGCGAUACGGUUUUCGUUUGGUCUGUCAGUGCGCUGCCAAUAAUUUCUGGGAUUUGUUUCAUUUGGACCUUAAGACUGCGUUUCUUCAGGGGGAACACUAUAACUUGCAGCAUCGCAGCGUGAUUGUUCAGCUGCCUCCCGACAUUGGUUUGCCGCCUUGGAUGGUCGGUCUCUGUUUGCGGCCGGUGUAUGGCCUCAACGACGCGCCGCGUCGAUGGUGGAAUCGACUCGACAAGUUCCUGCGGACCAUCGGCCUGCAGCCCACAAGGGCAGACCGAUGCACCUAUGUAGGAUACGAAGGAGUCGAAAAGCAGAAAUCGGCAGCAAAGAUCGCAGAAGAGGUAAGUCUAUUCCAAGAAGGAUGCUCUCCUUUAGGAGAGGAACCGCCAAUAGGAGACUUACCGGGCAUCAUCACAGAGUCUCCACUAGCUGCGUUGUUAUCUGCUUGUGAAGAACCGCCGUCUUCUCCCGACACCGCGGUAGAAAGGUCCUAUUUAGCAUACCCCGACAUUGCGCAAGCCUUUAAGACCAAGCACCUGGUUGAGUAUGACUGGAGGCCAGUCACUGAUAAAACCUUGCUUGACUUUCUUGGUGGCGUUGCCCACAAGAAGAGAGGCUGGUUCCCUUUCGAGAACGGCCAGGCCCUUGUGUCCCACAGGGCGAAGGCUUUGAGAGGUCCUGAACCGACCUAUAAGAUUAAGGAUUAUCCCUACCGGGUAUCUAUCAUCUUGCGCCAAGGAACCUGGUGGGUGAUUGAAAAGGCUCAGGACCUUAGGAACAAGAACGAGCCGAGCUAUCUCGAGGAGGAGGCUGAAGUGCUCGUGACACUGUUCCUUCCUGAAAGGGCAGCCUACAAGGCCACAGAACAGCUUCCUCAGCUUACCCCUGAACUUGUAGAUCAGCUCUUAGAACACUUUGUUGAUCCUGUUCAUGGUAGCCCUAGUAAGCACAGGAAGUCGGUAGGAGUCCUCAGCCUUCAUGUUGAUGACCUGAUCAUCGCUGGAACCCCAAGUUUCCUGAAGUGGUUCUUGGCUAGGGUCAAGGAACAUUUCACCAUUGGACAUGAAGACAAAAAUGAUCUUAUGUUCACUGGUCAGAGGGUUCGAUGGGUUGUUGACGACAAGGGCAGUAAGAAGUACAUCUCAAUUGAUCAGAAGUUGAGCGUCUCAGAGCUCGAAGAGAUCGUCAUCCCCAAACACUUGAAGGACUCAGUUUCAGGCUUGUUACUCAUUCUCACGUCUCGCAUCGGCCUCAGCUGCACCUACGGCACACCUCGCAUCCUCGGCAUUCCAGAUGCUGCUUUCAGAAACAACAGUGACAAGUCCUCACAGAGAGCGAUGACAGUGUUUAUCGCCGAUCAAAGGGUAAAGAAUCGUAGGGACACCAGAGGCUCCCUGAUUUUCUUCGAAUCCACUAAGAUCAAGAGGACUACCUUGAGCACGACAGUUGCUGAGCUGUAUGCCUUGAUGAAGUGUUUCGGCACCUGUCAGAUGCUGAGGGGUUUGUGGAAGGACAUCAGUGGUCUAGAUGCCGAGAUCCAUAUGCGAACUGAUGCAAACAAUUUGGUUACAACUGCUUCAACCACUCAUGCCCCUGAGCAACAAGAAACCAUACACAUGAUACAGAUGCUUCGAAAGGAAGCUUGCUCUGGGGCCAUUGCGGACCUCUCACAUGUGCGCACAGAACACUGUCUGGCGGAUUGCUUGACGAAACGGUCUGCCAAAUCCACCAAUUUGGUUCAGUCAGUUCAAAAGGGCUGGCUGAAGGAGAUAGGCGAGCCCGAUUACAGCCACUGGAUCAACUCCGUGCAUUGGAGCUCAAGGCGGAUGCUUCUCUCGAGAGAAGGGACCGCGUCAAGCCUCUACAGCGGCACGGGCAGAGUGUACCUUCCAAGUGCAGAUGGCACGAGGAAUAUGCCUAGGGACGUCUACCCAUACACCUUGAGGAUUGCUGACAGAGAUCUGCCUACCAUAGAGGGCCAGUUAGCCUUGCUCUGGCACGUCAUCCUGUACGAGGACAGGACAGGCAGAACGAUCCUCAGCAGUUCUCAGCGCUGGGACUUCUACUUCGUGACGACCCUUUUGGGGUGCCUCUCGGUUGAGGAGCUGUACAAGUUCACUCUCACCACCCAGCAGGUAACGAGAGAACAGAACACUCCUUAUAGCAGCACGGUCAGCACCUCCAAGGCAUUCUCUGCUGUGUUCCGCCACGAGGCCGUGCACAGGAACGAUUUGGACGAGAUGAACUCUCUCCCUAUUGGAUCCUGUAACACACGGAGAGUGAUUCCCAGGCAGACAAACGCAGUUUGGUUUGCCGCCUUCAUGCUCACCAACUCCAAGGGAAGGUUUUUCACCUACGUCCGUCCAGCUCCAUGCUCGCCCACAGGCGAGGUAGGAGUGCAAGACUUCGCUAUGAACAUACGCCUUGGAGCAAUUCAGGGUCAUACUCGCGUAAGCUCAGUCCAAACUGAGGAGGCGCUGGGUAUGGAAAUCACCCUGGGAAUGGCAGGUCGCCUGGGAUAUGUUUUCCACGCCACAGAGAAGUGGAACCAUGACAACAUCCUCAAGCAGGGGUUAAUCACGGACGCUGGAAGGCCAGGUGGAAAGAGGGAUCCGCGGUGCGCUGUGCACUUCACCUACGCUGGUGGGGAUGAGGCCCCAAGGGCUGGCACUGUCAUCCGCUACGGCUCGAAUGUAAUCUAUGUCGUGUUGGACCUCUACCAGGCCAUUUCAGACGGGUGCAAGUUCUACCUGUCCGAUAACGGUGUGAUCCUGAGCUUCCAGAGUGUGCCACCGAGCUACCUGCAUUUCACCUGGAGGCCCCCUCACGAGAAGGACCCAGGUGGACGCAAGUGGGAAAAACGCGAGGGACGCUCAGCACAAGCUGAGGAACCCUCAGCUCCCAGUUCAAGCUCUCGUGGCCCUGCGUCCAGCUCAGCCGGGACCAAAGGGAGCUCUGCCUCAGCAGAGGGAUCCAAGGGUUCUGGAACAACAACGAAGGAAGCUGGACCUCCUAGCACAGGUCCAACCACGGUUGGGGAAGUGCCCCACUUUGAUCUCACUUCCCUUCGAGAGAUCAUUGAAGGGGAGGAGAAGAGGCAUGUUCAGCAGUCAGAAACAAGCUCAGAAGGGAAAAGAAUUCCUUUUGAGCGUGGCAUGGAAGAAGGGAGUGUAAAAACUUCUUUGACAGCUGAAGCAGAAAAAGUCAGGGCCCAAGAGGACCUGAUCCGACAGCUUAGGGCCAAUCCUUGGACGCUGUUCUACAAAGGCACCAUUGCCUUGAUGGAGGACAAUGAGCGCAAGGUUGACUCCUACGGCACUGGCUAUGUACAGGUUGUUCGAUUCCGAGAUGUUCAUGUCAGUGUGAGAAAGAAGCUUCAGCUUAAUCAGGCUCUUUGGUUGCACAAUCCUCUGAGUGGAUACCCGGUUCUCUUCUUUCUGGAGGCAUUCAGACUGGGGAAGAUAGCCGCCAAUGUGCUCAUUGACUUUCAGUUGAAGGUCUCUCACUAUGACCAUCAUACUCCACAUUGGGACGCGGACUACUUCACCGAGCUCAGAUCUAAGGCCGAGUCAGUCUUCACCCCUGGAAUUCUUUACGGGAGAGCAAAGCCUGAGGUCACAGAUGAGCGAAAUCGAAUGCCAGUUGAAGGCACAGAGAACUACGCUGAGAAGCUCGCAGAGUACCAGGCAUUUCGGCACGAGCUGAUGGUGGCUCAGGAGCUCAUCAACAUUCAGAGCGAUUUCGUCAACCUCUACGACAUGUUCGUGGAACUCUAUGGCAGUGAUUUCUUCUUGUACAUGAAGGAGAAUCGUGACAACCAAGCACUUCGGAACAAGUUUGUUGUGCGCGCACAGGACAAUAGUGAGCAUAGAGAUUGCUCAUUGAGGCUCCCGUUUGAGCCCAAACUCAUCCUGAAGAAAAUCGAACGAACCGUCGCUUCGUACCCAGAGCGGAAGUUCCUCUCUCGCUUCGCUUCCAAGGCCGUUCAGGACUUGCAGCAGUAUGUGCAGAUUCGCCAGUCCGAGGAGGCAUUCGUCGACUCCUACCUUGGCAUUCCUGUGGAAGAUUUUGAGCUUGAGAGAACCUUCGAGAACAAUGAAGGAACCAUCAAAAUCGAGGAGGUCAUCGAGGUCGAUGAAUCCUGGGGAAGCUCAACACGAGUUGAGGAACCCAAGGUGGCGCCUUCCUCUCUGGAUGCAACAAUGGAAGAGGAAGCGGGCUCUGCUACAGCAGAGGGACCACCACCAUCUUCCGAAGCGCACAUCAAAGAAGAGCCAAUGCCCGAUGCGACCGAAGAGGUCAAGGAGCCAGAUCCCGAAGUCCAGUUGAAGGUCGAGGAAGGUGACUUCAAGGUGGAGGAGGAGUCCUCUACGCCAAUGGUCACCACUGGGGAAACAGAGGGAAGCUCACUUCCAAGUGAGGCACCCUCGGGAAGGCCCCAAGGCCUGUGGGGUAAUGUACAGAAUGUUAUUACUCCGCAGGAUCUCCGAGAGAUCACUCAGCAGAAUGAGGAUGCUCUUCGAUCCUUCGCCGACAAAAAGGAAGAGGCGACCCUGGAGCAGUUGCCCGAGUACCAGCGCUUCAUUGAUGAGCUGGAGAGGGUUGAAAAGGGUUCGCCCAUCUACAUCCUCAGUCGGCAGAAGUAUGGAGAAAGUGAUGGCAUUCUCCAUGGUGGUCUUCGGGCGCAGUCGGCUCAGAACCGAUUUCGACUCCAGCAUAUGAGCUGGAGGGAUAGAGCGGCUCCUGCUCGGCCAAAUUGGAAGUUCCAGGUUCCAGAAAUGCCCUUCUUCGAGACAAUGGCGACGAUGCCACCGUUGUGGGAGUUUCGUCCUGCAGCAAAACAAGUGGCUUUCAAGAGCAUUGAUGUGAGGAGCACUUUUUCGACUGAUGCACUUGAGAGAUCAUACAAUGCCCAUGUUGCCAUUGCGGAGAAGGAGGCGCUGUUGAUGGAGUCACUGGCAAAAACCAAUGCUACGAGAGGUGAUCUUCUGAACACUCUUCUUCGGCACUUUCUGGCCUGUGGAAGUCUCGAAACCACGAGCUUGGGAAGCUCAGCCUUUGCUGAGGAACCCGAUCCAAUGGCAGAGAUGACGCAUUUGGCCACCUCCAGAGUAGGUCUUAGCGUGCUGGUUGCCAACUUGGGGAACUUGGCAAGGGGCAGAAAGGGCACACUUCCUCCAAAGUAUGCCGACCUCAUCUCGGAUUACUCCGAUGGAAGCUCCAUCAUUGUGAAGUUUCUCUCUCACUCCAAGGCACAUGUUAUUCUGCUGCAGGAGAACAACAUGACGAGAGAAGAGUUGGAGUACUUCAGGUCCAAGGGCUGGUUGUUCCGAACAAAUGAGGCAGGAGAUCUCCUCACUGCUGUCAGAGGAAACACCAAGGGCAAGAACAAGGUCAGCUUCAAACACCUUGCUGGUCCGGUCCUCAAAGACCCUGCGUAUGCCUGGAUUCCCAUCAGAUAUGAGAUCGUCCAGAUCAACUUUGGAAGUACCGUUCCUCGAGAUAGAAUGGAACAAGAAGACCUGGUUGAUCGAGUGGAGUCCGCCUUCGAGGAGGCCGAGUUCAAGGAAGAUCUCACGCGUGCAGGCAUGAAGUCAAUUCGUGUCUGCAACUUCCACGUUCGAAGUGAAAUCGCACGCUCUAAGCCCGGCUUCUUGGCCGAGGGACUAGCUGCGAUGGUCGCUGACUGCUUCCACUACCAAGUGGAUCUGAUGGGCGGAGAUGGCAACAUGUCAUGCUACCGAUUCGGAGGUAGCCAACAGGGGUCAGUGUCACACGACAGCUCAGCCCUUUUCUCGACGAUCCAGUACUUCGUCGACGCCUUCGAGAAGCACCAACGUCAGGACAGGUUGUUGAUCCCAAGGACACGCGUCGUGACUUCGAACCCUCUACAUCUUCUCAAACUCUACGAGGAGAAGCUUGGGUUCCCCUACGGCGAUGUGGGCCACCUAGUGGAUUGGACGACGUUUCCUGAUUUGGACUGCAUGACUGCCAUCGUCUUCGAAUGGGGUCAUAGCAUGACCAAUGAGGUGUGGGCUGAGUACAAGGGCAGCAUGGAGUACAAGGUUUCGGUGAGUGAAUUCUUGCUGCACUCGACGAAGAACCACUUCCUCCUGAAGCCCUCGGACAAUGACAGUCACACACCACUGCUUCUACACAUCGCUCCUAACUGGAUGAAGUUCUCUGAGAAGAAGACGUACAGGUCGAAGGAGUCGAUCUUGCAGGCGUCCCAAUCCAGGAAAGAGAGACAGAAGGCUAAAAAGCGUGGUGCUCCUGCCGAACCAGUACAAGGCGAAGGUCGUGCUCCACCUGGCAAAGGCAAAAGCAAGAGCAAGGAAGGAGGCUCGCUUCCAAGUGAGGAACCUUCAGCAGUGCCAGAGCCAGCAGCUCCUCCAAAGGCUAAGCCAGCGGCGAAGCCAGCUGCUGCGAGGCCAGAAAAGGGGAAGGCUCGCCAAGAGGCAAGGGAUCCUCUCAAGGUGAAGUUCUACUUCAACGCCUCCUACGAUUACAUCCUCAUUGGUGCUGCUGUAAUCCAGCUCGUCCUGUGA